ACGAGUGCUUCCGGGCUGGAGCGAGGUGACCUACGCUGCUGGGGGAACCGCGGCGGCUGUGACCAUGGGGGCCCACCUGGCCCGGCGGUACCUGGGCGAUGCCUCGGUGGAGCCUGACCCCCUGCAGAUGCCCACCUUCCCGCCCGACUACGGCUUUCCCGAGCGCAAGGAGCGCGAGAUGGUGGCCACGCAGCAGCAGAUGCAGGACGCACAGCUAAUGCUGCACCAGCGGGACUACUGCGCCCACCACCUCAUAAGACUGCUCAAGUGUAAACGUGACAGCUUCCCCAACAUCCUGGGCUGCAAGCACGAGCAGCACGCCUGGGACUACUGCGAGCACCUUGACUAUGUGAGCCGCAUGAAGGAGUUUGAGCGGGAGCGGCGGCUGCUGAAGCGGAAGCAGCGACGGGAAAAGAGGGAGGCGGCCACAGCCAGAGGACAAGGGGAGGGGGAAGUGGCCCCCGAAGUGGCCCUGUAGGGACCUGUGGACCAGUCAAAUAAAGAUCUCUAGAUCUUA